UACACUCAUCGCGUACAAUUAAAGUAACAAGGAAGUAUCAAGGAAGUAACAAGGAAGUAGCCUAAUCUAGUUUGUGUUAAACAAUAACAUAAUAAAUUAACAUUUAUGUUCCCAUUUCGAAUCUGUAUUUUACAGCAGAUGUGUUCAGGUUGUAUCGAGUUUCUGUACCUGGAUAAUGGAAGUACCAGGUAAGAAGGCAAAUGCAGAUAGAUUACCAUCCCAUCUUCAUGGCUCCGAGGAUGAUGUUGAGCUUUACUGUAUGGCAUGUGACAGAGACGGUCCCUGGGUAUCGGCCUACGGCUACUGCCAGGACUGCAAUGAGCAUCUUUGUGAAACUUGCUACAGAAGCCACCGAAAACCCGCACCGUGUAGAAACCACGUUCUUCUAGACAGGUUAUACAUGCCGAAAGUUCAAAAUCUUAGUUCACCUCUUGGACCACCCGACCUUACAGAACAAUGUAAACACCACCCCGGAGAACUUAUCAAAUACUUCUGCCGAGAUCACGAUAUUCUUGGAUGCAGUCCAUGCAUUACGUUGAAUCAUAGAACCUGUAAGGCUGACUACAUUCCGGACGUGUCAAGAAAUUUCGAGAAGAGUAAAGAAUAUAAGGAACUUCUCCAUACACUAAAUGUACUUCAAGAAAGCUGUAGCAGAAUUAUAAAAACUAGCGAUGAGAACAAGAGAGAUGUAGAAACGAACCGAAAAAUUGUCGGGGACAAAAUUAGGAAAUUCAGAGAAGAAAUGAAUCGUUCACUUGACAAAUGGGAAACAGAGGCAAAUAAACAAGCUGAAAGGGUCUUAAAUGAGGAGAGUACAAAAGCCAAAACCGUACUAAUGGAGUGUAUGGCGACAUUAAAAGAAAUAGAAAAACUACAUGACGAUUUGGCAACUUCGGCAAUUUCCGGCAAAUGCAAUGAACUAUAUAUCAAAGUUAAAGAAAAUGAAGACAUCUUGAAUUCUUACACACAGAUGCUCAGCCAAAUACAAGAAGACAGUGCGAUGGGAACUGUGGUGUUCGAACCAAAUUUGACAAUACAAAAUAUUUUCAGAACAGAAAAAGAAAUUGGACAGGUAAUACUUCAGAAGCAUUCAGCAGAAAAAGUUCCCCCACACAGGCUUCUCAAAGAUUUAACAAAAGAAAACAACAAAGGGGCUCACGAAAUGAAGCAAACUGGCCAAAAGUCAAAUAUUCAGAAAGGUAGUUUUGAAAACCUUACUGCAACAACAUUGGGAAAAAUAAAUGUGAAGAAAUCAAUGUUCACGAUGGGAUGUGAAAUAUCAGGUAUAGCGUUUAUUAACAGCAAUAACCUUGCAGUAGCAGAUUGUAAGACAAAUGAAAUUAGAAUCGUGGACUUGAAGCAACAGAAAGUCAUAUCUGACAUAAAAUUGUCUUCUCCUCCUCAUGAUGUCGUUCUUCUACACGGAGACCAGUUGGCAGUUUCGCUUCCACUAGAAGGCUGUGUUCAAGUGUUGAGAACAUCCGGUAAGCUGUCCAAGGACAAUCUUUUGCUUGGGCAGCUACUGAAUGUUGAUCUCGGUUGUAGGGGAUUAGCAUACAAUGAUGGUAAGUUAGUGGUUACAUUCACUGGGAGGAAUGCAAAAGUCCAGAUUAUGACAUUAGACGGGACAGUGCUCAAGAACAUAACUUACGAGUGUCAGAAAAAAGAAUAUGGUCCCGGGUAUGUUGCAUUAGAUUGCGGCAACAAAUUAAUUUUUGUCUCAGAGUUAGUGACUGGCAGAAUAACUUGCUACGACUUUGAGGGAGAAGUUGUUCGUGUUUACGAGAAGCUGUUCAGACCAGCCGCCGGAAUGGUUGUGUUGGAUGAUGGUUCUAUACUGGUCACUGGCUACAGCAGAAACGACAUAUGCCUUCUGUCAUCUGACUUUACAAAGAAAAGGAUAAUAAUUCCAGAGAAAGACGGAAUUAAAUACCCACAAUGCAUCGAACUUGAUAGGAAACAGAACAAACUAUAUGUUGGGUGUGAAAACAAAUCAGCUUUGUUCGCAUUUGACUUGAAAAUAGGAAAAUGACAGCAUAAUGAUAUGGAAUGAAAGAGUCUACAAUGUUUGUUCAUAAAUGUUCAGAUUCUUAAUUUAACCAUGGAGAAAUCACUAUAUACUUUGAAAUGUAAACCUUGUUCCAGAUAGACAGACAUAAUAAUUAAACUUUCAUUGGUGUAUUUUUUUUUUUACCAAACGAUUGGUUAUUUGAGAUAUGACUGUUUUUACUGAUUUGUAAUUGUUGCUAAUACAUGUACGUGUGUGGAAAAGAAGAAGUAUGUGUGAACUAUAAUUUGGUAUAUGACUGUAAAUACUGGUGAUCUAGAUAUGCAACGAAAUAAUGCUUUAUAUAUGUAGAUAGCUUUGGAUAUGUUUCAUAAAUAUUUGAUUCAAUAUU